AUGGCUUCCCACUUCCACACUAACUUCGUGCAUGCGCUCUUGCAUGCACUCUUUGUCAUUCAAGCCUUUGAAUUCAGUCACUCCAAUGCCUUAACAAAUGUAAGCUGCAUGGGCGCUGAGAGUGAAGCUCUUCUCAAGUUCAAGCAGGAUCUCACUGAUCCUUUGAAACGUCUAUCGUCGUGGACCGGCGAGCAUUGUUGCGAGUGGGAAAGAGUUGAAUGCAGCAAUAAAACUAGUCACGUCUCGAAGCUCGAUCUCGAGAAUCACGGUCUGGGAGGUAAGAUACAUCCUGCUCUUGGAGAAUUGAAGCAUUUGAAGUAUCUAGACCUCAGCUUCAACAAUUUCAUUGGCCAUAUACCCAAUCAAUUUGAAAAUUUCAAAGAUCUCGAAUUCCUUUAUCUUUCAAGAAACUCGAUUUCAGGUCCUAUUCCUACUACUGUCGGUCAAUUAUCAUCUCUGAGAUGUUUGGACCUCUCUGGCAACAAUUUGAGUGGGAACAUUCCAGAAAGUAUUGGGCGACUAUCCAAUCUAAAGAUACUGGACUUAGGUAAUAAUCGAUUGGAUGGAGUUGUCAGCGAACUUCACUUGGCAAAUCUCACCAGCUUGACCUGGUUUAGUUUAUGGUCGGACGAGCUUGUUAUAAAUAUUAGCGCAUCUUGGGUUCCUCCUUUCCAAAUAAAGUCCAUUUUCUUGUCAAGUUGCAAAGCGGGACCAGAAUUCCCAAACUGGCUUCGAACUCAAAGGAACAUUUUGCAGUUACUCAUGUCAAAUGCUAGCAUCUCAGGUGAAGUUCCCCAUUGGCUACCUGAUAUUUUAUCUAACACUCGAGAUUUAGAUCUCUCGGGCAAUAUGCUUAGAGGCAACAUAUCUAGAAUUAUUGGAAAAAGGACACCACGAUUAGGGCGAGUGUUACUUUCUCGAAAUAACCUUAGUGGUGACAUUUCAAAUUUGUUAUGCAUGUUACAUCGAUUGUAUAUUCUUAAUCUCUCUGAUAAUCAACUAUCUGGGAGACUUCCGCAAUGUUGGAGGAAAUCGCUACUUUCUUUGAAAUGGAUGUCAUUGGGAGACAACAAGUUAAAUGGUCAGAUUCCAAACUCUCUAUGCAGUUUGGUGCAUUUGGAAGUUCUAGUCCUACACAAAAAUGGCUUGAAUGGAGUGCUUCCAGAAUGUUUAGUAGAGACAGAAUUGGUAAUUCUUGAUCUCAGUGAGAAUCAAUUCACCGGUAGAAUACCUCUGUUUGGCUAUCGGGUUGGGGUAAUCAAUCUUGAGAGAAAUUACUUCACCGGGGACAUUCCUUUGCAGCUGUGUCAACAUCAUAAUCUCCAAUAUCUAAGCCUAGCGCAUAACAACCUUUCUGGAAGCAUUCCUCCUUGUUUUAGCAACUUAUCGCAGAUGUGGGCUGAUUCCACUGGUACUUCAUUUUUGGAACCCGUGUGGAAAAUUCCCUCUAUUGUGGUUACUAUAAAGGGAACAAGGCUAGAAUUCACCAGCUCGCUCCGAUAUUUAUAUUCCAUUGACCUUUCAAGCAACGCAUUGGGAGGACAAAUACCGGAAACGCUAACUAGGCUUGCUCGACUUCAGAAUUUGAACCUCUCCCAAAAUAAGCUGUUUGGAAAAAUCCCUUCAGAUAUUGGCAACUUGAGAUAUUUGGAAUCACUUGAUCUGUCCAAUAACAAGUUAUUGGGUGAAAUCCCUCAUAGCAUAUCCAAUUUAAACUUUCUAAGUCGUUUGGAUCUUUCCUUCAACAAUUUAUCUGGUCCUCUUCCAUCAGGCAAUCAAUUAAGCACUUUGGAUGAUCAACUUGUUUAUCGUGGCAAUGAUGAACUGUGUGGAGCUCUUCUUUUAAAAGUUUGUCUGGGAGAUGAGCAUAAUGAUAUCGACAAACAAUAUGGUCACAAUUCAAGUGAACAUGAAUCUAAUGAAGGUGACUCUGUUGUUAAUUGGUUUUACUCGGGAUUGGGAUCGGGUUUUGUGGUGACAUUUAUGGGAUUCUGCGGCAUAUUACAUUUCAAUCAAUCUUGGAGGAUCUCCUAUUUUCGGACAGCGGAUAGGAUUAUUGAAAAAUUGUCGAUUGGGAGGAUGAUUAUCAUGCUCUGGUUCAAGAGAGCUUUUCAAUUCUAA